AUGAUGGCUCUCUCUACAGACAUAGAGGACAAAAUGACCAGCUUUUCUACAAUGAAACACGUGUGGAUCUCUGUCUUGCUAGUGUGUAUUACAUGUCACGUGGGUCGUGGCCAGACCACAGCAGAGGCAUUGAAAGAGGCAGAGGCUAAUGACAACAUCACCAUCUUCACGCGGAUACUGGACGGACUGCUGGACGGCUACGACAACAGACUCAGACCAGGACUUGGAGAAAAGGUCACGGAGAUCAAAACCAAUAUAUUUGUCACAAGCUUUGGCCCAGUUUCAGAUACUGAAAUGGAGUACACCAUCGAUGUGUUUUUCCGACAAAGCUGGAAAGACGAGCGCCUGUGUUUCAAAGGACCCAUGGAGAUGCUGCCUCUGAACAACCUCCUGGCCAGUAACAUCUGGACCCCAGACACGUUCUUCCUCAACGGGAAAAAGUCUAUCGCCCACAACAUGACCACGCCCAACAAGCUACUGAGACUGAAGGAUGACGGGACGCUGCUCUACACCAUGAGGUUAACCAUAUCGGCGGAGUGUCCCAUGCAGUUGGAGGACUUCCCAAUGGAUGCUCAUGCUUGCCCUUUGAAGUUUGGAAGCUAUGCCUAUCCAGUCUCUGAGGUGGUGUACCUCUGGCAAACCGGUGCUGCCAAGUCUGUAGUGGUGGCAGAAGACGGAUCCCGUCUCAACCAGUACCACCUGAUCGGCCAGACCGCAGGCUCUGAGGACAUCUACACCAGUCGAGGACAGUACACAGUCAUGAUGUGUCACUUCUACCUGAAGAGGAAGAUUGGUUACUUUGUCAUUCAGACCUACAUGCCGUGCUUCAUGACCGUGAUCCUGUCCCAGGUGUCCUUCUGGCUCAACCGUGAAUCUGUACCAGCCAGGACCGUCUUUGGUGUCACUACAGUGCUGACUAUGACUACUCUCAGUAUCAGCGCUCGCAACUCGCUGCCUAAGGUGGCCUACGCCACAGCCAUGGAUUGGUUCAUCGCUGUGUGCUAUGCGUUCGUCUUCUCCGCGCUUAUCGAGUUUGCCACCGUCAACUAUUUCACUAAGAGGAGCUGGGCGUGGGAUGGCAAAAAGGCCAUGGAGGCUCAGCACCCAAAGAAAAGGGACCCUAUGGUGCUUUCUAAGAAGCCCAACAACGUCUGUACAGCAGGAGUGAACUACACCCCCAACAUCACUAAGGAUAUCUCUAUCUCCACCAUCUCCAACAGCACCUCCAUACAACUAAGAUCGUCUGAAACAGAAGUCCUGGACCCCAAGAAAACCUACAACAGCGUGAGCAAAAUCGACAAAAUGUCCCGGAUAGUUUUCCCCGUCCUAUUUGGAACCUUUAACCUAGUGUACUGGGCUACUUACCUCAACAGAGAACCGGUCAUCAAAGGAGUCAAUAUAUUGGCUCCAACAUAGUGUCUUUGUCAAACACACCACCUUACCUUCAACCGUAUUGGCCUACAAGCUGCUAAAGAAAAUGCUACUGUCUCACAAAGGAUGGGAGAUGUCAUGGUUUCUGUCUUUCUCAUUACUGUCAUUUGCAUGAAGCUUUUUUGGAGAGAUACUCUACCCAUGUUUGUCUUGAUAUUCCCUCUUUAUACCUACUGUACAUUGCUUUUAAUUCAACAAUGAUAUUUUGAAAGUGAAACCCGACAAGGACAUUUUGAUAAUGCUGCAGUGUGGACAUUUGCCCUGGCCUCAAAUGAAUUGAAAACGGUCAUGGCAUUUAUGUUGUUGUUUAUAACCCUGUCAUCUUGAAGAAUAAGAGACUGAGAAACACAUGCUGUGUUAGGAAUAUGAAGUAAGAUAUUGGAGGCUAGGAUGGUAAGGAAAGUGGCGAGUAAUUAUUUUCAGUGUCAUUUCCAGUCAAUUUGUAAGGUUUGUAUAAUACUGCGGACAAAUCUCUCUGAUCUCUAUUGGAUACAUAUGUUGUUAUACUUUUGUCAUUUUUGCCCAUCUCACAUGUACUGUUUGUACAAUUUAAAAUGUUACUAUUUCUUACCUCUAUCUAUAUAAUGUACAGAUUCAUCAUUUUUUUGGACAAACGUGGGUCUAACCGUGGAGACAGAGGCCAAAUAAGCUAGCAAGAUACAACGCUGUGAUGUAAUUGAUGAUACAGUCUAAUCAACCUAGGUGAAAGUGCACAGUGGGAAAAUUCUAAGCAUUACCAUGUUCUAAAAUGGUUGGUUGAUAAGGUCGGACUUUUUCAAUUGCAAUGAAAGCGUUUUCCCCAAGCUAGAGGGAGUGGAUGCCUACUUAGACGUUUUGAGCUGACCCUUUGUCGUGAAAGGUUGAACUCGUGUACUGUAACAGGAUCCGUUUUCAGGGUCUUGUUCCUUAGCAAUCAAAUG